AAUCAAACAUUUCUUCCUCUUUUUUUUUUUUUUACUUGACUUGUGUCAGUUGUUGCUCUUGGAGACUCUGCGGCGCGCUUUUACGCACAGCCUGACGCAGCACGUGCAGCAGGAAGACGCAGAUCGUGGGCAGAUUUGAGCGCAGGAAUUCCCCCCUCUUCCACCUCUUCCUACUCCUCCUCCUUCAUCAUCAUCAUCAUCACCUCAUGCUUCAGGACUUCACCCUUGGCCCUGACACUGUUGACGUUUCCAUGGAGACCCUGGCCUCAGUUUGGGCCCCUGACCCCUGUGUUCUGAGUGACCCCGGAGAGAAGCGGCACGUGCCGUCCACCGUGUGGGAGUCUCCUCGUGUCCUUAGCCGCUCGCCCCCUGCUGGUCUGACGUGGACAGAGCAGUUUUCGCCUCAUCUGCAGAGAAACAGACAGCUUCAUGACACUCUGCUGCAGCGAGAGGAGGAGCUGGUACGACUGCAGGAGGAAAACGUCAAGCUCAGGGAGUUUCUCACCUCCUCAUUUGUCAGGAACCUUCAGGAGAAGGCUAAAAAACUGCCCAUUGAUAGGAAGAGAAAGCUGAAGAGAAACCUGAUGCAGGUCGAUGAAAGACCUCUCCAGAUCGGUGGUCAUCAGCAUGUGGCCUCACAGCACGUCAGUAAGAGAGUCUGCAGAAACCUUACUGCAGAGUUCUGCUCUGAAUCCUCGGAAACGUUAUCAUCCUCAGAGCCGAACCUUGACCUAUGGGUUCUACGAACGCUGGGACUGAAGGACAGAGACACUAUCGAUACAUCUGCUGAUUCCUUGUCGUCACCGGGACACAGCCUCAAUAGUUUUGGUUACGAUGCUGCAGUCACCUCGUCCUCAUCCUCUCCCACAUCCUCUGCAUGCUCGUUCAACUCUUUCAGCCCUUCUGCUGCUGCUUCACUGCCCCACAGUGUCUGUCAAAGUUCAACACAUCAAACCAAGUAUCAAUACAGUCCUGUCCAGUGCCAAGAAUCAAACCACAGCGAUCCUGCUCAGAAUUGCACACUCUCACCAGGUCAGAACUCCAACUUCACUGCCAAACAUCUGUCCGCACAGUGCGGAGAAGCUCCUAAAACUGCCUUCCAGUGUCCACCAGUAACAGACGAAUCAUCCUUCACCCAGUCACCAGACACAGCUGAGAUCUGCACCGUCACUGCCUUGAGUCAAGCACUCUGUCCGCAGGGAAACCUGGCUUACCAUCCAGCAAACUGGUCUCCACUGGAAGGCGGACGGACACCAUCCAAGGACACCAUCCUAUUCAGUCAACCAGGAGAAAGAAUCAGUUUCUCUCCUGUUUCGUCUUCAAGUCCGAUCAACAUGAAACAACGCUGGACGCCUGGGUGGACACCAAUGACCCCAUCAGAAGAAUCUCUUCCCCCUGCCACACCUGAGACACCUCGAACCCGGACAGAUUUGGCAUUUAGUAUGUCACUAAGCCCCUCCAGCAGUGUCAAGACCCACAGCUUUCCCCAGGGACAAGCCUUUGUCAGAAAGGACAUGGAGGGAAGAUGGAACUUCACUUGGCUGCCCAGACAAGGACCUUAGGCAGCUUGUAGGUCUUCCCUCAAAGGACUUUUAAAAUAAAAAUAAAAAACCCAGGCUUCCUGAACAAGCAGUUCUGAACAACAUUUUCUUGACAUAGGUAUGUGUUGAACUUGUUGCUGAGGUUCUAAUUAUAUGAGAAACAAGGGUCUUUAAAAGGUCCUGGGGCAACACUUAAAGGUAGGGUUGGAGAUCCUGGAAAAACUGUUUUAGCAGGCUACAUUUUGAAUUCAAAAAUCCAAGCCUUCUUCAGCUUUCUUCAGACUUCCCUCCAAAGCUAUGCCUCCAGAGCACAGGAACGUGCAAUGCUUGUUUGCGAAGAGUGUUGCAUUGGUUACACACAGACUCAUGAGCACUGCGCAGCAUUGGUAACUUUUGGCACUUUUCAGUGAUGCUAACUUUUUUGGAUAUUUAGUUCAAAUGACAAUGUGAUGCCGAAAAACAACAAAUUUUCCCAAAAGAUCACAAAGACAUAAAGUGAACCUACCUGUCCAGUAGAAACAGAGCCAUGGCAUCACUUUGCAGCCCUUUCUGUCGCCACUGUUCAAACACACCUGUUGUUGGCACCUUUUCUGCCAUGAAGUUGCUGCAACUGUCUCGUGUCUUGUCAAAUUUUUAGCAAUUUUUUAGCAUGAGCUCUGGCGUGGUCUUCUGAGUAUGCACAUGCACGAUUGAUGCAUGAAGCGGGGUGCGUGCAUAGGGGAGAGGGAGGGUUAGAUGGCAGUUUGAUUGAUGCAUUGCGAUCAAAUUAUUUCAUUCAAUAUGAUUGGAUGGUGUUUUUUUUACAGGCCUGUCUGUGAUGCAAAUAGUAGUCACACAUUUCACAUCAGCUGUGACAAGCAUUAUAAAUCACUGGUCUUGCAAAAGACACAAAAUCAUUUUAAUGUAAGGUCACAAAAGCCUAUAGGCAUUGAAAUUCUUCCAACGUCCAAAUGUUGUUAAUGAAAUGGAGGACAGUUUAGUGAGACCAGGCACAAGAAGGAGAAUGCUGGGCAGAAAGUGUAACAUUUGAAAUAUGGUGUGAAAAAUCACUUUAUGUUCAGUAUGAAUUCACCAUGAAGCUGCUUUCAGACCUGCACUGAGGACAGAACUUUUACUGCCAGCUCCUGACUCAAAUCUCUGGACAAUGUUCCAGUGAACUAUUAAAAAUGAAAAAGUUAACCUGUGUUGUGCAAUGAGACUAAAGCGGCUUGGUUUAGGAUUUACAGUCAAACUGUGAAGAUUAGGGAUCAGUUUACAUUUUUUGUUUCUAAUUAGAACUAAACCUCCAAAAAAAUGUGAUGUUAAAAACUAACAGAAACGCCUUAAACAUUUUCUACGUGUGGAAUUAUUUAUUUAGUUUGUCUGUGUAACUGUCACUUUAAAAAAAAAAAAAAAAAAAAGACUAAAAACACU